AUGGUUUCAAAUUCUUCUCUAGAAACAACCCUAAACCUCCCUAGUCUGGACCUUUCAAAGCCAUUACAACCUUCUUCUUUAUCCUCUCUUUCUGAAGCUUGUCAUCAAUGGGGUUUCUUCAAUAUCGUCAAUCAUGGAAUCUCCAGGGGCCUUUAUGAAAAUAUCCAUUCUUUCUCUAAUCAACUCUUCGAUCUCCCUCCUCAAACAAAGCUUCUACUUGGUCCUUCUUCAUCCAUCAAAACCUACACUCCUCAUUUCAUUGCUUCUCCUUUUUUCGAAAGUUUUAGGGUUUCUGGACCCGAUUUCCGUUCAUCCGCUCGGGAUUCCAUUGAUGUGAUCUUCGAUGAAAACGGUCGAGAAUUCAGCGAGAUGUUGGAAGAAUACGGGAAGAAAAUGACCGAGUUAUCGAAGAAGAUCAUGAAGGUUGUGUUAAUGAUCCUAGGAGACGGAUUCGACACGAGGUUUUACGACUCUAAUUUCAAGAAUUGCCAUGGUUAUAUGAGAAUAAACAGAUAUUCACCACCACACAAUUUAGAAGAUCAAGAAACCGUUGAAGGGCUCGGUAUGCAUACCGAUAUGAGUUGUAUAACGAUCGUGUAUCAAGACGAAACGGGAGGUUUACAGGUGAAAUCGAAGGAAGAGGGAAGGUGGAUGGACAUUGUUCCAAGUGAAGGGACCUUAAUCGUAAAUAUCGGCGACUUACUGCAAGCUUGGAGUAACGAUAAAUUCAUUUCAUCUGAACAUAGAGUCGUGUUAAAGAAACCAUUAAGCCGGUUUUCAAUUGCUUUCUUUUGGUGUUUUGAAGACGAGAAGGUGAUUUAUGCUCCUAACGACGUUGUAGGCAACGAGAACAUGCAACUUUACGAGCCGUUUGUUUGCUUGGAUUACUUGAAAUUUCGAGAGAGUAACGAAGAGGGAAAGUUUGAAAAAGUCGGUUUUACGAUUAAAGAUUUUAUCGCACACAACACCAAGAAUGUGGUAUCAGAAACCAACUUGAAUAUUCGACUUAGAGCAGAAUAGUUGGUAUGUGUUGCAUGUGAUAUGUGGAACCUCUUUAAGUUU